AUGGAGCCUACGAGCAAAAGCAACGCCAGGACUCUAGACGGCACCGCCGAUGACCACGGCUUAUGCGCGUUCAAUUGCGCGCGUGGGCACUGCCCGUCGAUCUGCGCUGAUCCAGACUUGGGCCAGGCAACAGAUCUCUGGCAGGCUGGCUACUUUGUCCCAGAGUACAACAUCGAAGAGGACGACGUCUAUCCCAGCAUCCUUUCCGCCGACACUACGUGUGACCCGAGUGUUAGGCCCAAAACUCUCAAUGAUUUGGUCAAGGUCAUGAAUGACGAUACCUACAACCCUGUCUGCCGAAACAUUUGGGCCCUUCGCAUACUCUCCGACUCUCUUGAUAGCUUUCAGGCGGACUACAAGGACGCUCUCAGCGGCUACGAUGCUGUCUUUGGAUACUAUGCCGACUAUGUCAAGCAGAGGAUCAGCCCUCAAUUGGAGUCUUACAUGGACUUCGAUACCGGGCGCGGAAACGAGUUCUUCACAUGCUCUUGGACGGUUCGGUCCAGGACAAGGGAAGGGCCCUGCCCUCCGGCGGACAAGUUCUGGCAGCAGAGUGAGUCAUGGUCUGUGACUUACACCCUUUCUGAUCCGGAUGGGUUCUACGCUGCUGUUCAACAAGACCUCGGUAUUGAGAAGGACUGGAUUUCCUUCGGCGAUUGGCAUCAAACCGGUGAGUGCGUCGAUGCACCUGACUGGCGCCCCCCGGGGACGAAGGUCCACUGCCGUGAAGCCCAACUUUACAAAAAGGGUCUCCCUGUCAGCAGCAACAACGUCAAGGUGUCAAACCCCAAGGACGUCAUUGAGGCAGCGUUGCCAUCGAUCAGCGACUUAUCUAUGCGCGUCUUGAAUAUGUACAUCAUGGCAGGCCUUGGCUACGCCGAUGAUACAGGUGACGUGGUGACGGCCAUUGCCAUGCCCGUUCUGAUGCUCGAGGGCGUCAUUGAGAACAUGAAGGAAAUCAAAAGUAUUGGCGCCGCGCAGCGCGACCUGGAGAAGAAAAGACUUGUGCUCGAGAUCCUUUCCAUUGUCCUGUUCGUUGUGCCAUUCGCUGGCGAGGUUGUGGGUGCUGCGUUCGGCGGCGCCGCCAUGGUGGCUCGUAUUGCGGCUGUUAUUGGGGAAAUCGGGAACACCGCCCUCACCAUUGAAAGCAUUGUAAGCGAUCCUGCAUCGGCGCAUUUUGCCGUUCUGUCGCUUCUCAUUGGACCCUAUGGCGGCGCGUCGGAGCGAACGUCUUCACAGGCCAUCGCAGAAGCGGCGGCGGCGAGAAGGGCACUUUCUGCGGACAAGAUCAAGUUAUUUGGCGAAGGUUUCGUUGCCCAGGACGCAAAGAUCCAAAAGAUUGUAAAUGUUUGUGCCUAG